ACCAGCAGAAUUACUUCUUGAAACGGACCCGAGUAGAGCGAGGAACGUCGCUUGACGACCAGGUCUCGCACUUGUUCCAUCCGCAAGACGCUGUACCCUUUGGUUUGCGGAUUAUCCUGACGCGCAUUACGGUCUUUAGUCUACCUCCACGACCUAGCAGCUGACACCGCUGUAUUGACGAUCUAUGGUCACGCCUUAGGCUAGAUAGCUCUUUAUGGGUUGUGCAGGCUCGCGUUCGGCUGACAAAUCGUCGAAUAACGAGAAACCCAAAGUCCCCUCUAGGCCGUCCAAGACGUCCUCCUCCUCUCCCACUCGUGAGCGCUCAAAGUCUUCCAACAAAAUCAACAAAUCUUCGAGCAAAUCUUCGAGCAAAUCUUCGAGCAACCCUUUUAGCAAGUCCUCCAAGCCCGCUCCCCGCCGCCCCUCCCUCACUAUUCCCUCCUCGGACGCCGCGCCACCGCUAAGACCAGGAGGCGAUUUCUACAGUCGUGACGAGGCGAAUCUAACUCCACCCACUGAGUUCACUUAUGCGGAGCUUGCAGCUGCCACGGAUCGGUUCAGUGAGGCGAAUCUGCUGGGGGAGGGCGGGUUUGGGAGGGUGUACCGCGGGGUGGUUGAGGAGGAGGCGCCAGAUGGCAGCACGGUGCAGCGCCACGUGGCAGUGAAGCAGCUGAAUGAUGAGGGACUGCAGGGAUUCAACGAAUGGCUGACAGAGGUAGUAUUCCUGCGUCGGCUGCGGCACCCCCACCUGGUGCAGUUCGUGGGGUACUGCGUGCAGCAGGAAAACGGCCUCCUGGUGUACGAGCUCAUGGCCAAUGCGUCCCUAGACUACCACCUCUUCGACGACAGCCGGCCGCCCCUUACCUGGCAGCAGCGGGUGAACGUGGCUCUGGGAGCAGCCAAGGGGCUGGCGUACCUGCAUGAGGGGACGGAGCGGCAGGUCAUUUUCAGAGAUCUGAAAGCGGGCAACAUACUGCUGGACGAGGAUUUCAACGCCAAGCUCUCUGACUUCGGUCUGGCCAAGGAUGGGCCCGCAGGGGCGGACACCCACGUGUCCACCAAGGUGGUGGGGACGUAUGGCUACACUGCUCCUGAGUACAUGCAGACAGGCCACCUGACAGCCAAGAGCGACGUGUAUGCUUUCGGAGUGGUGCUCUUAGAGCUGCUCUCGGGGCGGCGAGCUGUGGAUGUGGACCGGCCAGGCGAUGAAAAGAACCUCGUGUUCUGGGCCAAGCCGUUUCUGGCAGACCGGCGGAAGGUAGCUCAACUCAUGGACCCCCGCUUGCAGGGGCGGUACUCGCACAAGGGCGCGCUGAAACUCGCUGUUGCGGCGCACUGCUGCCUGCUGGACGUGAAAUCUCGGCCGUCGAUGGCCGAUAUGGUGCAGACUUUGACGGCUCUGAUGGAGAUGGGGGAGAGUGAGACUCCCAGAACGCCUAGGACGCCACGGACACCUAGAACACCGAAACCAGCGGUCAAUGCGGCUGCUGGUGCUGCUGCUGCUGCUGCUGCUGAUGCACCAAUAGCAUUCAGAACACUCUCCAGUGUCAAUGCUGGUGGUGGUAGUGCAAGGACGGAUGCAGGUGUGGCGGCUGCUGCUGCUGCUGCUUGUUCUGCCGGUGCGGGGUGCUAAUGGUCCUGCUGGUAGUGUGUCUGCUGCUGCUGCUGCAGCUGGUGGUGGCCAAACUGCUGAUGCUAGUGCUACCGAAGGUGCAGAAGGAGCCUUGCAUGAAGCACACAUACCCAUUACCUGUCAAACAUGUUUAGUUAUCAUGCUUGUAUAGACUGUAUAGGGUCAUCUUCUAGAGAGUACAACAGUUAGGUAUAUGUUUGUGUACUCUCUCUCUCUAUUCAUCAA